AUGAGCUCGAAGAAACCGGUUUUGAAAGAAGUACCUGAUAUUGUGGUCAAUACGGAUACGGGUGCCACCUAUAAAAAGGGAAGAUUUUUGGGCAAAGGGGGUUUUGCACGGUGUUAUGAACUUACAGACACGAAGGACCACAAAUUUUAUGCUGGAAAAGUAGUUUCAAAAUUACUUUUAUUGAAAAAUCAUCAGCGCGAUAAGAUGGCUCAAGAGAUCCGGAUCCACCGAACCUUACAUCAUAAGCAUAUUGUGAGAAUGGAUGGUUUCUUCGAAGACGCUGAUAAUGUUUACAUUUUGUUGGAAUUGUGUCCUCGUAGGUCUUUGAUGGAACUGCAUAAACGUCGCAAAUAUGUAACUGAACCGGAAUCACGUUACUUCACGAAGCAGAUUGUUGAAGCAUGUGAAUAUCUUCACACGAAUAAAAUCAUUCAUCGAGACUUGAAAUUGGGGAACUUAUUUUUGAAUGAAGAUAUGGAAAUUAAAGUUGGUGAUUUUGGUUUGGCGACAGUAGUAGAAGUAGACGGCCAAAGGAAGAAGACGUUAUGUGGCACACCUAAUUACAUCGCACCUGAAAUGCUCGAUAAAAAAGGUCACUCCUACGAAGUAGAUAUUUGGGCAAUUGGCUGUAUCCUGUAUACAUUAUUAGUGGGGAAACCUCCAUUUGAAACUUCUUCUCUUAAGGAUACAUAUAACAGAAUAAAGAACAACAAUUAUUCAAUACCAAGUCGUAUUAGUAGCGAGGCUGAACAACUCAUUCGACGAUUGCUGCAAACUGACCCUGAAAAACGUCCUACUAUUCACGAGGUAUCGUAUUACGCAUUUUUCAAAGGUUAUACUCCGAGCAGACUACCAACUUCGUGCCUUACAAUGGCUCCAAAAUUUGCGAAUACGGAAAUUCCGGAUAAGCGUUCUGCUCUAAACGAAUUGAGACAGGAAAAUAUUAUGCUUAGCCCAGAAGAACGCGUGCGCAAGGAUCUUUUAGCAGCGCCGGUACGUCCGUUAACUUCCGUUCCUGAAUUACAGGUUCUUCCAGGUGUAAAACAUCGUACAAGUGACCCACGUGCCGCAGGAAUGUUGCAUGCAGCUGGUGAUCAUCCAUCUGAUUGUUAUUUGUCAGAUUUGUGUAGACAGCUAGCGGACGUUGUUAAUAGUAAGCCAAAGGACAAUUCAAAUAUUCGAGAUGAUGACCUGGAGGAUCCUGCUGCUAUGCCAGUUUUCUGGAUAUCAAAAUGGGUUGAUUAUUCGGACAAGUAUGGAUUAGGAUAUCAACUUUGUGACAAUUCCAUUGGCGUUGUAUUCAAUGAUAAUACGAAGAUGGUUCUGGAUGCAGCGGGAGAACAAGUGCAGUACUUGGGACGUGAAAAUGAUGAACAUUAUUACACAAUAAAGCAUUACCCCGAAAAACUGCAAAAAAAGAUCACUUUACUACAGUAUUUCAAAAAUUACAUGUCUGAGCAUUUACAAAAGACUGGUGCUGACAUGCCUAUCCGUGAAGGUGAUGAAUUAGCUCGUUUGCCUGUUCUCCGCAUUUGGUUCCGAACGCAGUCCGCUAUUGUACUUCAUCUAUCCAAUGGAACGCUACAGCUUAACUUUUUCGAAGAUCAUACGAAGCUCGUGAUUUGCCCAUUGAUGGGAGCUGCGACAUAUAUCGACAGCGAACGCAAUUUUCGCGUUCUCAAACUUUCUGCGCUUGCUAAGUAUGGAUGCCCGAAACCGCUUUUGGAUCGUUUACGAUAUGCAAAAAUGAUGGUAGAACGACUGAUGUCUGCACAUCCCGCGCGACCAUUUUUGUCCACGCUUACCUCAGUGACACGUUCCUCUCCAAGUACUGCUGGAAAUUACUGA